ACAUCCUAUCCCAUAAAACCCCAUAUCACACAAGUCUCCACCACAACCACCAACUCUACUACGAAAUGGCCAAAAUGAGUUUCUCUCUCAUCCUUCUCUCUCUCACUACAAUCCUCUCCCUCAUUUCUACCCUCCAUGCUCAAUCCGCUCCGGCCCCCGCCCCUUCCGGCCCUAUCAACAUCACCGGAAUCCUUGAAAAAGCCGGCCAAUACACCACCUUCAUCCGCCUCCUCAAUCAAACACAAGCAGGAAACCAGAUUAAUAACCAACUGAACAAUUCCAAUGAAGGCAUGACUGUUUUUGCCCCCACAGACAAUGCAUUCCUUAAUCUCCCCGCAGGAACUCUUAACAAGCUUUCAACCCAACAACAAGUGCAGCUUGUUCAGUAUCACGUUCUUCCUAAAUACUACACUGUACAAAAUCUGCAGACCGUCAGCAACCCUGUCAGAACUCAGGCAACAGGCCAAGAUGGUGGAGUAUUUGGGCUCAAUUUCACAGGACAGGGCAAUCAAGUUAAUGUUUCUACAGGAAUUGUUGAUGUCCCAAUUUAUAAUGCAAUUAGAAAAGACUUCCCUUUGGCUGUUUACCAAGUUGACAAAGUUUUGUUGCCUGUGGAAUUUACCCAAGCCAAGGCUCCGGCUGCUUCUCCUCCGGCCCUGAAUGGCACGAAAAGUGAUUCCAGUGACAACAACAAAACACCCGAUGCGCCGGCUGCGGCGAAUGGAUCUGGGAAGAUGAGUGUGGGAUUUGGAAUGGUGUCUUGCAUUUGGUUAAUGUUGUGUUAUUUGGUGUAAAAAAGUUGGUACAAGUAACUUUGUUUAUACCUACAUUAAUCCAUGCACGUGUUCUGUUUGGAUUACUAUUUUCUUUUCUUUCUUUGUUUUGAUACGUAAUUUAAUUAAUUUGUUUUCUUCAAUAAAGCUCAACUCUUUCAUUGUA